AUGUCUACUUACGUCCAAUAUGAAGCCGAUGGAACGCUCCUUAUCAAUAGAUAUAAAUUCCUCACAACCAUCCAAGAAGGUUCCUUUGGAAAGGUUUCAUUGGCUUUAGAUCUUGAAGCCCCAUCAUAUUCAUCAGCUUCGAAGGCCAAUAACGAUGAAGCAAAAGUGGCUAUUAAGGCUAUGUAUAAGAAUUCCAAUGGUGCUAUUGCUCGUCAUGAAAUUGCAAUCCUUAAGCGUUUAGGCAAUCACAAGAAUGUCUGUCGUCUUUUAAAUCAUUUUGAAACUGAUGAGUUCAUUUGUUUGGUCCUUGAAUACUGUGGCAAUGGUGAUCUCUACGAUUUAAUCCAUCAAUCUCCUUCUCUGGUCGACCUACUAAGUCUUGCACGUGACUUGAAAAGCGCUUUAGAUUACAUCCAUUCAAAAGGGGUUUAUCAUAGGGAUGUUAAACCUGAAAACAUCUUGUUUGAUAAUGAAGGCACACUCAAGCUUUGUGAUUGGGGACUUGCCACCAAAGUCAGAUAUAGUAAAGAUUGGGAUGUUGGGACUGAAAGAUACAUGGCUCCGGAAUGUCGUCGUAGGGGUCAACAGACUAGUGCCAAAGAAGGGGGGUCCCUCUCGUUACGUGAUGAUUGCGAAGAUAAAGAUCUUCCUAAUCAUUAUGAUUGCAAAUACGUUGACUAUUGGUCCAUGGGUAUCACCCUUUUAGCUACCUUCUUUGGGUAUUGUCCAUUUAAACCAACUUCAAACUCCAAAUCGUUACAACUGGACAAUAAUUACAAACAGUAUGUUCAUUUCCAAAAUUAUGAGGUUCUUUAUGAUAUUUAUCCCAAUAUGAAUGUUACCUGCUUUGAAACGUUUAUCUGUCUUUUGGAUGUCCACCCUGAAAAACGACAACUUGAUUCGUUUAUCUCUAUGUUGAGUGAUGGAUCCAAGUUUGGAUUGACGGUUGACGAAGAGUUUGAAUUGGAACACGGAUAUCCGUUGGCUACUGCGAUGGGCUUUGCUGCCAGUAGCAGCAACAUUAAUGGUGAUACUGGGGCCAUAGGUUCUUCCGCUACUUUUUGUGACGAUGCCACAUUGUCAGGUCCCAUUGGUGUUCUGGUCCAUGAAGACUCGUUGGUUCAAGACGUAUUCAACAUGGACCACGAUGAUUUGAUUGAAAGCAAGAAUGUUCGUGAAGUAUCAAGUAGUACCGCUUCAAUUAACAGUAGAAUAGCCAGUGGUAGUGGGGGUAACAUUCAUGUCAAUGGUAGCUCAGCUUCAAAAUUGGCAAAGCUGGUACCUGGUACUACUCAACUGUUGAAUUCUUGGAAUUCAUGGGCUGUAACGUCUUUAAUGGGGUCAAGUGUCUUUUCAAAGAGUUGGUGUGAUUAUGAUGAUGAUGAUGAUUGUGAGAGCGAGAUUGCUUUACUUCAAGACUUUGAAUUUGUUAAGUCAGAUUCUCUGUUUGUUCUGGAAGUUCAAUCUAAAUCAAGCACCAAGUUAUCGUCAUUCAAAUCUGUUUCUAAACUACCAUCCAUCUUGAAUAAGGAUACUUACAAAGCUGACACAAGCACCCUGACCACCAUAACAAGUAUCACCGGCACUACCACCACUACAGAUGGUGUACCAUUUGAAAUCGUUGGUGAUGAGAUCCUUGAUGACAAUAACAUUUAUGCCCGUCUAAAUCUGUUAUCAUUGUCGGACUCGAAGGUUAUGAUCACAUCAGCCAAAGAAUCAAGAAAAGAAUUACGCACCAUUAUUGAAACUGAAGUUUAUAAUGAUUCCCAUUCCAUCGGAUCACCACCGGAUACAAAAAGAUUGGUUCCAUGGUUAUAG